UUUAUGGCCCACCAAUUAAAUUCACGGUAAGAGAGAACUUUAAAUAGCAGUCUCCCGUACGUUUGAAACCCUCGUAUUUUGUUAUUCGCUACAAACCCUCGAGACAACUUCUCUCUCUUCCGUCGCAGAGCGGAAGUCUCGACAAUCCAUUAGCAGAAAAUCUAACAGACGAGAUGGCUGAGAUGAAGCAACAACCUUCAGUUAUGCAGAAGAUUGGAGCUGGCCAACUCCACCUCACCAGCAGUCUUUCACAGAUCACUCAACCUCGUUAUGGUGGCAUGCAAAACCCUGCCUUGGUUCAGAGACGUUUUGCCUAUGGAAACUACACGAAUGCUGCAUUGCAGUGCCGUACUACCCAAGACUUAUCUUUUACCUCCAACAUGGCUUCCCCUGUUGUUGCAUACGCUCCUGCUGAGAAAGGACCUGCUGCUUUUGCCAUUGAUUUUCUCAUGGGAGGAGUUUCAGCUGCUGUCUCUAAGACUGCUGCUGCUCCAAUUGAGCGUGUUAAGCUUUUGAUCCAGAACCAAGAUGAAAUGAUUAAAGCUGGUCGUCUUUCGGAACCCUACAAGGGUAUUGGUGACUGUUUCAAGAGAACAAUUAAAGAUGAGGGUAUUAUGUCCUUGUGGAGAGGGAACACCGCUAAUGUGAUUCGUUAUUUCCCUACUCAGGCCUUAAACUUUGCUUUCAAGGAUUACUUCAAGAGAAUGUUCAACUUCAAGAAGGACAGGGAUGGUUACUGGAAGUGGUUUGCUGGUAACUUGGCGUCUGGUGGUGCUGCUGGUGCCUCCUCCUUGUUCUUUGUGUACUCCUUGGAUUAUGCCCGUACCCGUCUUGCUAAUGACUCCAAGGCUGCCAAGAAAGGUGGAGGAGAGAGGCAAUUCAACGGUCUUGUUGAUGUUUACCGCAAGACAUGGGCUUCUGAUGGUCUUGCUGGUCUCUACCGUGGAUUUAACAUCUCUUGUGUUGGUAUCAUUGUAUACCGUGGACUGUACUUUGGUCUUUACGAUUCAGUGAAACCUGUUGUUUUGACGGGAAGUUUGCAGGACAGUUUCUUCGCUAGCUUUGCACUCGGUUGGCUUAUCACCAAUGGUGCUGGUCUUGCUUCCUACCCAAUCGAUACUGUCCGUAGAAGAAUGAUGAUGACCUCCGGUGAGGCCGUCAAGUACAAGGGAUCAUUUGACUGCUUUGCUCAGAUCCUCAAGAACGAGGGUGCUAAGUCCCUUUUCAAGGGAGCUGGUGCCAACAUCCUCCGUGCUGUUGCUGGUGCUGGUGUGUUGGCUGGUUACGACAAGCUCCAGGUCCUCGUCUUUGGAAAGAAGUACGGUUCAGGUGGUGCUUAAAUUCAGAAGCCUCAACUUCGGUGGGUAGAUGUUGAUGAAAAUUAAUUUUUUGGGUGGAAAAGGAUUGGUCUGGAUUUUGUGGCAGACAAUUUUCUAUACUAAAGUUUGAAUAAGGUAGGGUUUAAAGACUUUUAGAGGGACUAACCCCGCAAUUUUUCCUGAGAAUUUUUGCUCGGAUUCAUGAUUUGUUCUGUAGAGCACUGGUUGCAAUUUUGGUGCUCUUUAAAGUUUUAUUUAUAAUUUAGUUACAUAAGGUCAGUUUUUGUUAUCAAAAUUCAAAAACAAUUGUUGCCUUUCAUUUGAUGGAAAGGAAAGAGCUCAGUCUUGUUAAUAA